AUGAGCCAAUUGUAUGCCCCCAUUCCUUUGCUUCACUUUAGCAAAGAGCCAUCAGGAUGGCCUUCUGGUCAUUCGUCUCAUUUCUAUGCUGGUGGUUUCUUACGACAACAAAAGCCCUCAUUUUCGACUCGAGAAAUUCGUGAGCAACAUCAACGAAUGCAGCAGAAGUACCGUGAAGACACGAAGCGGGAAAGACGUUUCACAGAUCCAGUCGACUUUGAGGGAAUUCUUAACAUCAUCGGCGGUUGUUCAUGGUGGCAGAUCUGGAUCUACGUUCUUAUAGCGAUGCAACAAAUCCCACACGCUAUGUUCAAUCUGAAUGUUGUUUAUAUGAUGUAUGAUCCUGAACACUGGUGUCAGGUGCCCGGAUUCGACAACCCUAAUGAUACGACCGUCUACGAGUGGGGGCUACAAGAUGUGCAGAACAUCUCGUUCGUCUUUCCUAAUGAGAACGGUAGAGCGGGAGCUUAUACACGUGAUUCGUGCCAUUACUAUUCACGGCCAGUAGAGAGGUAUAAGGAGCUGCGAAGGAUGCCAUUGAUGGAGGCUGUGAAGAGUGCAUGGAAGGACAGUGCAGAAAAAAAGAAAUGCGAAAAAUUCCACUACAAAACCGACGUGAUGCACGAAACCAUCGUAACGGACUGGAAUUUAGUGUGUGAUGAUUACUUCAUGAAAGGACACGCCCACUUAUUCUACUCUUUCGGGUACCUGGUUGGUUGCGUUGUGGGAGGAAUGGCCAGCGACAACUUCGGUCGUAAGCCUACAGUCAUCGGGUUUGGAAUACUGUCGUCAAUGUUUGGGGUGUUCUUACCGUACACAACCUACUAUCCUAUGUUCCUGUUCAUUAGAUUCUGUAGCGCUAUUUGUAACGAAGCAGCUGAUCUUGCCGCCUAUACGCUUUGUAUGGAAAUCACGGGUACAAGAUAUCGAGCGAUGGUCGGCAGUAUGCUACAAGUUCCAUGGGCAAUGGGUUACGCCCUUCUGGCUCUUAUAGCGUACUUGGCGAAAAGCUGGAAAACGGUGCAGGUAAUCGCUGCAGGUCUACAUUUUGGCGCUGUACUUCUGAUUUGUUCCCUGCCAGAAUCACCUAGAUGGCUAAUGGUUAAAGAACGAGUGAACGAGGCUGAAGAAGUGAUCCGGAAGGCAUGUCGAACACCACCGUUUCCUUUCAAUCUUUGCCGAAUCAACAAAGGAUCAUUGCCGUCUGAUCUUGAGCUGGUCUGUCAUCGAGAAAAACGGCUGAAUAAGAAGGGGAAAGUUGGUAUGUUAGACCUAUUUAAAACACCAGAGCUACGCUUCCGAACAAUCACCGUGUGUAUUGUCUUCAUGGCGACAGCCCUUGUAUACUACGGUCUGGUUAUUGCUCUGUCCGAUCAGUCCGCGCCUGGCCGAGUUCUAUUUACGGGUAACUUCUUUCUGAACAACGCCGUCGCCGGUGCUAUUGAAAUACCGACACUUUUCUGUUGUGUAUGGCUCAUGAAGUUUGGACGGAAAAAGGCGCAAAUGCUGACGCUGGUUUGCGGUGGAAUCUCAAUCAUUGUGGCCAUGGCAGCAGUGAUCAGUGAGAAUUUCAUGUUUGCGCUCUCCUUCAUGAUGAUCGGGAAGAUUUGUAUUCAGGGUGCUUUUAACAUUCUAUACAUUUUCACCUCCGAACUGUAUCCGACGAUCAUACGCAACUCCGCCGUAGGGAUGACAUCUAUGGUGGCUCGAUUCGGUUCAGGAGUUUCGUCUUAUAUAGCGCUGCUGUCUAUAAACUCGCUACCAAUUACGCCCAUGAUCAUCUUUGCAAUCUUCUCGCUGUUCGCUGGUAUGCUCGUAAGCGUACUACCGGAGACUAGCGAGAAACCAUUACCGGAGACGUUAGAUGUGAGUUUUGUAAGGUUUAGAAAUUCUGUUAAGGAAAGUCGCAAUGAUUCGAUUCUGCAAGAUCUGGCAGAUCUUUCUAUCCCUGAUCGGCUACCGGAGGCUUUUGGAGACGAUCAAUAA